CAGAUCUUCGUCAAGACCCUCACCGGCAAGACCAUCACGCUCGAGGUCGAGCCGUCCGACUCGAUCGACAACGUCAAGGCCAAGAUCCAGGACAAGGAGGGCAUCCCGCCCGACCAGCAGCGGCUGAUCUUCGCGGGCAAGCAGCUCGAC